AUGGCAAAAACACGCUCCCCCAAAUCGAAAUCAAAGUCAAGGUCUAAAUCCGGCAAACGGGGGAAAUCAGUGCUCAAUUCAGCCGCCGCAUUCUCGACAAACCCGCACGCGAAACCUGACGAAAGCCUCCUCAUAGAAGCCACCUCCCUCCUCCACGAGAGCUCCUCCCCGGACGCCGCGCUCCCGCUCCUGAAAAAGUACCUCCUGGUGAACCCGAAUUCCCCGCAAGCCCUAGACCUCCUCGGCGAAGCGCACAUAGAGCUCGGCGAUACCGAAGCAGCCUUUGCCGCAUUCUCCCACUCUGCCUCGAUAGACCCCGAAGGUCAGGCGUCGCCGGCGGGCACGGGCCCCGAGAAAUUUCUCUGGCUGGCACAAUUAAGUUCCGCCGAGACGGCGGUGGCGUACUACGAGCGAGGCGUGGAGAUCAUAAAACGCUGGUUAUCCACCUCUGCAACCCCACACCCCACCGCCACGGCCGAGCGUGGCUUGCUGAAAAAGCUCGUGUCGGCGCUAUGCGGCCUGGCAGAGAUCUACAUGAGCGAUCUAUGCAUGUCCCCCGACGCCGAAUCGCGCUGCGAGCGCUACGUCACCGAGGCGCUACUAGCAUUACCGGAGUCCGCUGUGGCGCUACAGACGCUUGCCAGUAUGCGAAUUUCCCAGCAAAGGGUUGAAGACGCGGUCGCUGCGCUGAAGAGGGCGUUCGAUGGGUGGAAGGAGUUGCCACCCACGCAUGAGAAUGUGCCGCCAUAUGCGGAUAGGGUUAACCUCUCCAAGUUGCUGAUCGAGACGGAGGAGUAUGAGGUCGCUUUGGAGGUUCUGGAGAGGCUGAAGGACGAGGAUGAUCAGUUGCCGGAUUUGUGGUACCUGGGCGGAUGGUCUUUGUUCUUGUUGGGCGAGGGGGAAAAGGAGAGGGAGGGCGGUGAGGGUGGGUGGGUGGAGAGUUGGGAGACAGCGAGGGAGUGGUUGGAAAAUUGUCUAUUGGUGAGUCACCUUCUCCAUGGAUAGUCCGGGCUUUGCUAACUGGCGAGAUAGCUGUACAACGCACUCGAAUGGGAGGACGAAGGCAUCAGGGAUCAUGCGAAGGAAAUAUUAUCCAACAUUAAAAAGGAGAUUCCAGAAAAAAUGGAGGAAGGUGAAAGCGCAGAGGACGGUGAAAAGGAAUGGGAAGAAGAAGGGGAAUGGGAGAGUGAUAGUGAUGAUGAUCAGAUGAAGGAUUAAGAUCCGAGUGAUGCUAUGUGAUAGAUCCCAGCCAUGGCAUACUCAAGCCUACUUUCCUAACCCCCCCAGCCCCUGUAUAUAUCCCCCAGCUAUUUCUCGAAAGCGCAAUCCUUGCUAUUGCUGACGAGUUGAGCUAUGAUACUUUUGAUAUCCCUUGCUCCAACUUUGGUUGGGACAGGGAAUUAAUUACUCCAGAUGUGGAUACAUUAUGGAUGUUGUGAAG